CAUCGCUGUACACUCAGCCUGUGCCAGGUGGGUGUGAUUAUCAACUAGGUACCUGGUCCACCAUUGUGCCUGUGUCUCCAUUAUUCCUUCAUUGCAUCCUGCUGUUUAUUCUUAGGAACCGGAUUUGCUGUACUGGCCUAUCAGCGAAUGGAGUUUCCUCCACCACGCUACUGGAAGGCUGCAGCACACUAGGUAUUAAUCGAGCGCAUGGUUGGCCGAUAGUGCUGCCUGCCACCAAUCUUUCUCACUGCGCGUCGAACUCUCAACCCCAUCACCCGGAUUAGUCCAUGGCCACAGCUCCAUCCAGAGACGAUCGGCGAAUCAUCUUGCACUUUGAUUAUGACUGCUUCUACGCCGCCGUCUUUGAGGUCGAGCAGCCGGUGCUGAAGACGCUGCCGUUGGCCGUGCAGCAGAAGCAGAUCGUGGUAACCUGUAACUACGAAGCACGACGGAGGGGGCUACGCAAGCUCCAGCUGAUCAGGGAAGCCAAACAGGUCUGUCCGGACGUCGUCAUUGUCUUGGGCGAGGACCUGACCCGCUUUCGCGAUGCCUCCAAGCGGCUUUUCCUCUAUCUGCGAUCUUUCGUCUGGGGGGACAAGGUCGAACGGCUCGGCUUCGAUGAGGUGUUCAUGGACGUGACCGAGAUGAUCGAUUACAACGUUGGCCUGCUCAACCGCCAUGAUCUGGAAAACUCGUUCUUCCAUCUUGACCGGCAGGAACCCACAGUGGGUUUCACCUACAAUGCCACUCAGGAGCACGGGUCCACUUACCCGGCGGAUCUGAAUUUAACGUCUGUAGACCUAAGCUCGAACGGGGCGGUUUCAGGGCUCUACACGCGGCUGCUCGUGGCCUCGCACUUGGCAGGCUUCCUGCGAGGCCAACUCGAGUUCCAUUUGGGUUACACGGCCACAGUGGGGAUCUCAACCUCCAAAUUGCUCGCCAAGUUGGUAGGUAACACACAUAAACCGAACAACCAGACCACCCUUCUUCCACCGUACGACGCGAAAUCAGGCGCAUUGGGGAGUAAUGUGGUGGCCUUUCUUGAUGGACAUGAGAUCCGGAAGAUUCCCGGGCUGGGCUCCAAGCUGACUCGGAAAAUCACCGCUUACCUUACCAAAGCUGGCGCACAAGCCAGGUCAGCCAUCCCCCCUGGCUCUGCCAAAGAGUCUGAUGAGCCAAAGACCGUUCGUGAAGUGCGGCUGUGUUCCGGUAUGGGACCAGCCCUGCUGGACCGUAUAUUAGGCGGACCAGGUGCCCCCCGAGAUAUUGGUGCGCGGGUCUGGGGCUUGCUGUAUGGUGUUGAUCCUUCGCCGGUCAUCCCGGCGGGCGAUGUACCCACCCAGAUCAGUAUCGAGGACACUUAUGGGCGUCUGGAUACUCUGGAAGAAGUUCGGAAGCAAUUGGUCUCUUUGACCGCUAGUCUUCUCCGCCGCAUGCGAACCGACCUGACGGAGCAGGACCUCGAGGUAGAUGCAGGGCCUGAUCAACCUGUCCACAGCUUGGAACCCGUGGAGAAGUCCUCGACCCGAUGGCUGGCUCGCCCUCGAACACUGCGCCUGUCUACGCGGCUUCGGAAUUCGGGUACGGAGGGUGUGCGGCCGGCUCAUCGGACCUCGCGCUCUGAGCCGCUCCCUGCAUAUGUGUUUGCCCUAGAUGAAGCUAUCGAUGCUCUGGCAGAGCGAUUGAUGCAUGAUUCCCUGGUAUCCAUGUUUCGCAAAUUGCACCCGGAGAAAUCGGGCUGGGACCUCCAAUUAAUGAAUGUUGCGGUAACGAAUAUGGUUGAAGGGGCCGGCGAUAGGAAACAGAGCAGUGGACGCGACAUCGGAAAGAUGUUCCAGACUCAAAGAACAGGGACCAAUGAAUUUCCUCAUGCACAGUAUGCGGACGUGCCCAUUUCAGAGACAAAGAAAACCAUUGCCGGGUUUCGCCCUGAGGCCAGUCCUAAAACUGAGGCACCCCGCCGGAAUGUUGUAGAUCAUCCUGUUGGAGAUGUGGCUUGGGAGGAGAGCGAUGAGGAAGAGGGCAUGCUCUGCAUAGCCUGUGAGAUCUGUGGUGCCUCGAUUCCUCAUUUCGCGCGAGAGGCGCAUGUUCUAUACCACGCAGCUCCGGAUUGAUAAUCCUUGGGGUUUUGGGGUUAAACAUCAGGAAGUGACGCAUUGCCAUGGAGACGAUGUCAUCAUGUGUGCAUUCGAUUCAUGGUAUAAUUCAAACAUUUUGCAAGCGUUUUUCUGUAGCAAUUGCAGUGGCUGCCGAUGAGGUUUCCAGCCAAGAGACAGAGAGAGAGAGACAGAGCAGGAAGUUAAUAGCAUAGAAAGAGAGAAUGAUA